AUGACGGGGAACCAGCCGCCAGCGUCCUCCUCAGAGUCUGCGAUGCCUCCCCUCCAACUGCCUCCAAAUCUGAAGUUCGGCCCCUUUUCCGUCACAUCACAGGUCUUCCACAUCUCGCCUGCUCGCCUCUCAUACGGCCUGGUCAACCUCAAACCCCUGCUUCCGGGCCACAUCUUGAUCUGCCCGGUCCGAAGUGUUCCCCGUCUCGCGCAACUCACGAGCGCCGAAACUGCCGAUUUAUUCAACACAGUCCGCCUGGUGUCGAGGACCCUGGAACGGGUGUUCCGGGCCAGUUCUUUCAACGUCGCGGUCCAGGAUGGAGUCGACGCGGGCCAGUCCGUGCCGCAUGUGCAUGUCCAUGUGAUUCCGCGACAGAAAGGCGACUACGACCACAAGGGCGGUGGUGAUAGGAUCUACGACGCGAUGGAUGGAGAGGAAGGAGAUUUGGGAGCCGCCUUUCUCGAGAUGCGGAGACUCAGGGCCGAGGGGUUGACGUCCGGAAGGGAGGCUCUAGGCGGGCCAGAUAGUACGAGGGAGCCCAGGAGUCAGGAGGAGAUGCGAAAGGAAGCGGAAUGGUUGAGGAAGGAGAUGGAGAAGGAUCGAGCACGCGCACAGGACGAGGCAUGA